AUGUUUUUUUUUCAGAAUGUUUUAGAUACUGCCAAUCCUUUUAAAAUUAACCAAUUUUAUUUUCAAAUUUACUUAAGCAAAGAUAAUAUCUUAAAAUUUUAUAUUCCUACAAUGUCGUUAGAUAACAUGUUUAAUUCUCCAUUUCAUAUUGUAUUUAGACAGCAUUGUGAAGAUCAAAACAAAAUAAUAAGCUCACAAAAACAAAAAAUAUUUUUAUCUUAUUUGUUAAAUAACAGAGACAAAAUAAUUUCGAAUUCUAAGCGACUCCUUAAUGAUCUUACAGAAAAUCCUAAAUCAAGAUUUCUUCGCUCUUUGAAAGAAAAAGACUACAUUUUAACAUUUUUUGAUAGAAAUUAUGAUAAGACUAUAAAAUUUUUCAAAUGUUUAAUUUUACUAUUACAAGAAAGCGAUAAACUUUCGAAAGCAAAACUAUUUAACUUUUUUAUAAAUUUUAUUAAGGAAAACUUAAAUGAGAUUUGGCAGUAUAGGCUUGGACAAUCUGGCAUGGACUUAAAUACUUUUAAAGAUCUUCAUCUAUUAAAUUGCUUUUUUAUGGAUAUACAAAACUUAUUACGGUUAGUUUCUUUCCCGUAA